CCGUGCCCCUCUCGCCCUGGCUGCCUGCUGGCUGCUCAAGAGGCAGGGAUGGGGGGCUGCCCAGGGGGUGUUCACCCCGUGCCUCCCAACCCCCGGGGCCAAGCGCUCGGGCCCCGCCCCCGGCGGCGCUCAAGAGAUGCAACGCAAGGAGGACCCAGCUGAGACCAUGGUGCUGCCCAUCCCGGCCGAGCCGGGCGAGAACCUGCGACGCCUCCGGGGGAGGAAACUCUUGCUGGGCGAAGAGAGGAAGCUGGCCGGCUGGGCCCUGGGCACGGCCCUCCUGGGCAUCUUCCUGAUGGUUUUGCAUACCGAGCUGGCUUGGUUCGGGCACUGCCAGUGGUUUGCCUAUUCCUUCAUGGUGAAGUGCCUCAUCACCCUAUCCACAGCUGGACUGUUGAUCCUGAUCCUGGCUUUCCACAUCAAAGAGAUCCAGCUCUUUAUGCUGGAUAAUUCCCUGACUGACUGGCGGAUUGCGGUCAGCACCUCGAAGCUGGGUCUAAUAGCACUGGAGCUCUUGGUCUGCUCCCUCCACCCCUUCCCGGAUGGAGAGUUCCCCUGCCUGGACCCCAAACCCAAGCAGACAUUCCUAUUCCUCUCCGACGUUGACAUGCUGCUCUCGCUGCUGAUGUUCCUCCGUCUCUACCUGGUGCCCCGGGCUGUGCUGCUGCGGAGCAGCGUGUUGGGAGAUGCCUCCUAUCGUAGCAUCGGAUCCCUCAACAAGAUCCACUUCCAGUACCCUUUCGUGCUCCGGGUGAUGGUGAACAGCCAGCCAGGGCGGGUGCUGCUGAUCUUCACCAUGGGACUCUGGCUCACCGCCUUCUGGGUGCUGUCCGUCUGCGAACGGCAGCAUAUGAAAGAGAACGAAUACUUGGGUGGAACAUUUUGGCUGAUUCCCAUCACUUUCCUAACCAUUGGCUACGGAGACGUGGUGCCAGUCACAGUGUGCGGGAAGAUGGUGUGUCUGUUUACUGGUGUCAUGGGCGUGGGCUGCACGGCGCUCUUGGUGGCUGUCGCUGCGGAUAAACUGGAAUUCAGCCGGGCCGAGAAGCACGUCCAUAACUUCAUGAUGGAUAUCCAGUGUGCCAAAGAGAUGAAAUGCUCAGCUGCUAACGUGCUACAAGAGGCCUGGCUGUUAUACAAGCACACCAAGAGGAAGGAUGGACUGAGGCAACGCAAGCAUCACCGGAGGCUGCUGGCGGCCAUUCAUAUGUUCCGGCAUGUGAGGAUGAAGCACCGGAAGAUUCGAGAUCAAGUCAACACCAUGGUGGAUACUUCUAAGAUGCAGAUGAUCAUGUGUGACCUCAGCUCCAGCCUUAGCAGCUCUCACCAGGAGCUGGAGAAGCGGAUCGAGUCCCUGGACAGGAAACUGGAUGAGAUGACCAGGCUGCUCUCUGCCCUUGUGGAAUCCAAGCAGCAGCAGGAACAGCAGGUGCUCUGAGUCCUUAUCUGCAGUCAGCUAGGUGGCUAAAGAGAUUAUGUCGAUUUCAUCCACCCACUGAAGCCUCAGGGCAGAGAACCUUUUAAACCUGCAGCUUUUGCCUUUUCUAUGGACUCCAUAGUCAAGCAGUGAGCAGGGAAGAUAUGGGAUCACGUCCCCACCUUGCGGCAGAGGAGAAUCACUGCAAGCGUUUUAACAAGCCCUCCGUCACCAGAUCAGAAAAGGGCAAAGGAGCAGCGAUCUGGAUUUUAGUCUCUUGGAAAGACUUCUUAUGCCUCUGAACCGCCAGGUAGAGGUGUUCCUCGCCAGGGGAAUCCUGGAUGGAAAUCAAAGGCAUAACAUCCACUCAUCUAACUGGAUUUUCAGCUGCAGGAAAAAAAAAAAGCUACAGGAUAGCGAACGGCAAGACAUGUGCUCUCGAGUUACAGAAGCAAAGGCCACAGCCCUGGAGGGCGAACGCCCGGUCUGUUUCCUUUGGCAGAAAGAACUUCUUCCAUUCGGGGCAGGAAUCAAAUCUGCAGGAAGCAAAUGGUAACUUUGCUGCUCAGGAUUUUGCGAGAUAAUGGAGCAUGCUUGCCCCUCUUAGGUUCGGGCUUGUAUAGAGCCAUGCACUUGGUCGCCUAUAGCGAGCCAGAAGCGCCUCCAGGGAAGGAAGUUUAUGUCU